AUUGCAAUGGAACGCAACUCGAUACAUUUGUGUGCGGAGUAAACAAACGCACAGGAAAAUUUACUUGGCUCAGGGGGCUAAACUCUAUAAAUAUAUAUAUUUCUUAAAUGCCGUGGCGUCUAAACAAAAGGUUUGCAGAUAGAUAAUUUAUUACGCGGCCAGGAGAAGCAGCCAGUUUGCCUCGUAGUGAUACCUUGUAGCCCGUUAGCUGAAAUGCAUUUGUCUCCGUCGCUCUCCGUUGCUAAUAGCCACUAGCUAGUAGUAGCAGCAAACGUUAUGCCCGACGACCCAGCUGAUGGGAGUAGAAGCCGCCACUUGUUUUGCUUUCCAUACCACCCUGGUGAUUUCGGGAGAACCUUUCUGCUAGUUAGAUAGCUAGUUGCUUUAAGGCCAAAACAGAGCUAAAAUUAAUAUUUUCUGUUCGUUGCCUUUUAUUUGGUGGAUAAUUUACUCAGAAUGGGAAUGUGCCUGCCGUGCCUUGGUGGAGCAGCGGACGACGUAGUUGUCACUCCAGACCCUGAGAUCAGAAGAAGACAGUUAGCUGAUGCUGCUGAGAAGAGGCAAAAAGAGACAACGUACAGGGGGGUUAAAAAUCCAGAAGCAGUGGAAAGGAAAAGGAAAAAGCAAGAGGAGGUCGAGAAACAAGCGAUGACGACCUCUGUGUCUGGUGGAGGUGGCGGCGGAUUAAAGUGGCAAGUGGGCUGAAAAUCAGGACGGUAAAGUCUAAAUGCUGAUGUCCAAACCCCUUUGAAGGAACAAUCCCUGCUAGAUUACUUGAACGAUGCUUAACCUGCUGACCACAUAACCAUGAUUUCCUCUGCAUUUCUGUCAGAUUGAAAGCAAAGUAGUUUGACAUGGUUCCAAACAAAACAGGGCUGUACUUGCUGUUUCACACAGGUUUAAACCUUUGGAGUGUGAAGGACCAGGAGAGUCUUUGAUGAUGACCAUCAAAAAGCCCUUCCUGGUACUUUAUUUUGGAAAAGCCAGGAACUAAUUAAAACAAUUUUUUUUUUUUUAAGAUUUAGGGUAAAUUUUCUAAGUGAUAAGACACCCAUCUGCUUUAUCUAAGCAGGUGGACUCCAGUAACUGAGUUUUUUCAAAUGUCAUGCCAACCGAAAACCUUUUUUUUUUUUUUUUUUGUAACCAAAGUUGGGGAUUUUAGAAACUGGAUUUCCCUCAGCUAUUUCUUUUUCCAGAGAAAUCAGUGAAAAAUAAAUAAUAAAUGUUUGGAAGAAAUCUGACUAACUAAAACUAACGCACAGAUUUCUCCAGGUUUACCCUAAAAACCAGGUUACUGAAGCGUGUGGAAAAACACCCGUGUCAGAUCACAUGAAGGCUCUUAUUUUGAAGUUGGUUGCGAUUUGGGCUAAUAGUUAAUUCAAUGUUUUGAGUUUUCACAAUUGAAGAUUGUAGCCAAGUUCAUAUUUUGCUCAAAAAAAGCAGUUAUCUGCAAUGGUUGUGCUUUGUUUUGCUUUAGAUAGCACAAAAAAAGUGCAAAUAUAAUGUUUUUAAGCCUUCUGUUAGAUUAGCUGCACUUGUCCCUAUUGAAUGUUGCUGAGCAGUGUACUGAGGAGAAACGCUGUGUAUGGGAAAGGUUAGGUGUGGUGUUGUUUUUUUGGGUUACAAUUCAUUGUUUUGCAAGCAAACACUGCCUGUUUCACAACCUGGUCUAUAUAUAUUUCAUUAAUUAUUUACUACCUUAAUGGUUUGUUCAGAGACCUUUGUCUCAGCAGGAACAGGAAACUAAGGAGCAUAAAAAAAGAAGCCACUGAAACGCCCUUCACUUUGCAAAACUUGGGGGGGAAAAAAAGGUUGUGUGUGGACAGUAAGCUAGGGUUUGACCUAAUGCACUUCACCAGUGUUUGAUUAAUGAAGGCCUUUCUUUGUUAUUUUCUAUACAGAUUUAGUUUCAAUUUUUUGUGCUGAACACUUUCAUGAUGCCUGACCUAAUUAAGACUUUGGUUGAAUUGUUAAUUGCAGCUAACUAUGUCCCCAAUUUUUGAACAGAAAGCCUCUUCCUCCCUCAUGUUGGAGGAAAAUGAGAUGAAAUAUUUACAGUGACUUUGCAUUUCUAACAGCCUUCCUUUUAUUAUUGAAUGCUUCCGGUGCUCUUGCUGUUUUCUAGAAUGCAAAAUCUGUUAUUUGCAAAAUUAAAUGAGUCACAUUUCUGCCA